AUGGGUAAAUUAUUAGAUUUUGCUUUGCAUCCAAUUGAGUUGAAAGCCGCAAUCAAAUUGAGGUUUUUAAGAUCUCCUUUGUACUCUAUCAAUGACACAAGAGCAACUCCAGACUUGGUAGAAUGUUACAAAUUGCUCAAACAAACAUCUAGAUCCUUUGCAACGGUGAUAAUGGAGUUACAUCCUGAAUUGCGCAACGUUAUCAUGUUGUUUUACUUGAUUCUGAGAGCAUUAGACACUGUCGAAGAUGAUAUGACUAUUGAACAUGAUUUAAAGAUUGACCUUCUACGCAAUUUUUACAAGAAAUUAGACUUACAGAAGUGGAACUUCGAAGGUAAUGCUGAGAAUGAAAAGGACAGAGCUGUCUUGGUGGAGUUUGCAAGCAUUUUGAGGGAGUUUCACAAAUUAAAGGAUGAUUACAAAGCUGUCAUAAAGGAAAUUACCAUGGAAAUGGGUAAUGGGAUGGCUGACUAUAUACAAGAUGAGAAUUUCAACUUGAACGGUGUCCAAACCAUCAAGGACUAUGAUACAUACUGUCAUUAUGUGGCAGGCCUUGUGGGCGAUGGUCUAACACAGCUAAUUGUACUGGCCAACUUUGGGUCCAAUUCUUUGGCUAAUGAAACGCAAUUGUUUGAAAGUAUGGGACUAUUCUUGCAAAAGACGAAUAUCAUAAGGGAUUAUGCUGAAGAUCUGGAGGCUGGAAGAUCUUUUUGGCCAAAGGAAAUCUGGUCCAUGUAUGCUGAAAAAUUAACUGAUUUCCAAGAUCCAUAUAUGGAAAGAAAAGGUGUAGAUUGCAUGAACCAUUUAGUUUUGAAUGCCCUGGGACAUGUUGAGGAUGUCUUAAACUAUCUAAGCUCAAUACAUGAACAAUCGACUUUUCAAUUUUGUGCUAUCCCACAAGUGAUGGCUAUCGCUACUCUAGCCUUAGUUUUUGAGAAUCCUAGUGUCUUGCGUCGUAAUGUGAAAAUUAGAAAAGGAACCACAUGCUAUCUUAUCCUAAAAUCAAGGACAUUCCGCGGCUGUGUGGAGAUCUUUGAAGAAUACUUACGUGAAAUUAGAUCUAAAUUACAGGUGGAAGAUCCGAACUAUCUCAAGAUCAAUAUUCAAGUCUCUAAAAUCGACCAACUUAUUGAAGAAAUGUACCAAGAAAAACUACCACCUAGUGUAAGCCCUAAAGAAACAGAAAUUUAUCUAAAAGUGCAAGAAAGAACAAAUUGGGAUGUCAAAGUUAAACCAGUUCAGGAUGAUGAAGAUUAUAGAUUCAACUUAGCUUUUACCGUUAUUAUUACUCUAUUAUUGGCUUUUUUCGUGUUCUGGACAAAUACAAGCCAAUUUUUAAAUUAA